UUUAUGCCUCUCUCUUUUUUUAUUUUUAAAUAUUAAAUAAAUAAUUUUUGAGCUGAGUGAUUAUUAAUCUUUAUCAAAAAAAAAUGUCAAGCGGUGGAGAGAAGAGGAAAUCGGCGGCGGAGGAAAACGACGACGUCGCCGGACCUGCAAAGACGGCGAGAGUAGAAGAAGAGAGCACGAGGACGGAGGAAGAGGAAAUCGAGGAAUUCUUUGCCAUCCUUAAACGGAUACAAACGGCGGUUUGUUACUUCAAGAAAGGAAGCCGUCAACGUCAAUUAACGGAGCAAGGUUCGAAUGUGAGAACAAUGUUGGAGACGGGAAAUUGUGACGCCGUUAAAGAUGAAACGGUGAGUAUUAGGCCAAAUGAUGAAGAAGAAGAAGAAGAAGAAGAAUUAGAGAAUGAGAAUUUGGGUUUUGAUUUGAACGCUUCACCAGCUCCGGAUUGUGAUCCUGUUUAGAUAUUUUUAUAUUCAAUCUGAUUAUUAUUAUCCUUUUCUUGUUUAUGAAUGUUUAUUUUUAUUUUAUUUUAUGAAUUAGUAGAAGAAUAGAAACUAUGAUUAUAUAUUCUAUAAUAUAAUAGGAAUUUUAAUGGCUUUGUUUUUUUUU